CAGGAUUAUAAGCCCAUUUUCCAAAUCCACCAUGUGGCCCAUAUUCUAUCCCAGAUCGCACUCUCCGAGCCAAUUUCUAUUUUCAUUCAUUGAACGGUGACUUAGCUGCAUUUUUCUUCUCCAACCACCACUCCUCCACUGGCAACCACCGUUUCUCAGAUCUCCGACACGGCGUCCAAUUUUCUAUACGUUUUCCCCAACCUCCAUUCCCUAAUUCCUCUUCAAAGCUAAUCUCGAAGUGCUGGAUCCAUAUAAGAAGACUAGAGCUAUUCAAUCUCCACUAUGAGGAGAGCUGGACUUCACAGGCAGCAUGGAAGAAACGUCGGAGGAUCUGGAUUCAAAGGAAUGGUUGCGAAGUUGUCAAUUGCUGCUGCGGUACUCUUGAUCUGUACGCUUUCAUUGUUCUUCUCUGCAUCAAGAACCUCAAAUGUUCAAUCCAAUUUUCGCAGAGAGAUCCGUUUAGAAGAACUUUGGACCAAUGCUGAUUCUGAUGGUUGGAGACCGUCAUCUACUCCGCGUUCUCAUUGGCACCCUCCUCCGAGUAAGAGUAAUGGCUAUUUGCGUGUUCGAUGUAAUGGUGGGCUAAAUCAGCAGCGUACUGCAAUCUCUAAUGCUGUUCUUGCUGCACGGAUCAUGAAUGCUACACUAGUGCUGCCUGAGUUGGAUGCAAACUCCUUUUGGCAUGAUGAAAGUGGUUUCCAUGGUAUCUACGAUGUUGAGCACUUCAUCCAGACACUGAGGUUUGAUGUAAAGAUUGUAGAAAGCAUUCCAGAAAAUGAGAAAAAUGGAAAAAAGAAGAAAAUAAAGGCAUUUCAGCUCCGCCCUCCUAGAGAUGCUCCUAUAAGUUGGUAUACUACCGACGCACUCAAGAAAAUGAAAGAACAUGGUGCUAUCUAUCUUACUCCCUUUUCACACCGAUUAGCUGAAGAAAUUGACGAUCCUGAGUACCAAAGGUUGAGGUGUAGGGUUAACUAUCAUGCUUUAAGAUUCAAGCCAAAUAUUAUGAAGUUAAGUGAAUCAAUAGUUGAUAAGCUACGUGCCCAAGGGCCCUUCAUGUCCAUACAUCUUCGGUUUGAGAUGGAUAUGUUGUCAUUUGCUGGAUGCUUUGAUAUAUUUACACCCGAGGAGCAGAAGAUUCUAAAGAAGUAUCGAGAAGAAAAUUUCGCACCUAAAAAACUUGUCUAUAAUGAAAGAAGAGCCAUUGGAAAAUGCCCGUUGACACCCGAGGAGGUUGGUCUUAUUUUGCGUGCCUUGGGUUUUGACAAUUCUACCAGGAUAUAUCUUGCAGCUGGUGAAUUGUUUGGCGGAGAUCGAUUUAUGAAUCCAUUUCGAAGUUUAUUCCCUAGACUUGAAAAUCAUUCUUCUGUAGAUCACUCCGAAGAGCUUGUUGAGAACACAAGGGGAUUGGCAGGUUCGGCUGUGGAUUACAUGGUCUGCCUUCUUUCUGACAUUUUCAUGCCAACCUAUGAUGGUCCAAGCAACUUUGCAAACAACCUCCUUGGGCAUCGCCUUUAUUACGGCUUCCGGACUACUAUCAGACCUGACAGAAAGGCUCUUGCCCCCAUCUUCAUUGAUAGAGAGAAUGGACGAAUGACCGGUUUUAAUGAAGCUGUUAGGAAAGUCAUGCUGAAAACAAACUUCGGUGAACCUCAUAAGCGUGUUUCUCCUGAAUCUUUCUAUACUAAUUCUUGGCCGGAAUGCUUCUGCCAAACAGCACCAAAGAACCCAGCAGACAAAUGUCCACCAAAUUAUGUUUUAAGUGUUAUGCAUAACGAAUUGAAUAAACAAGCUACAGACACAAACUCUACAAAAGCUUGAGCAGAAAUUAAGGGGUUACCCGUGGCUCUGAGCUAAUGGUUCUUUUAUUCCGCAGUAAUGAACUGCUGUGUGCUGAAUUGAAAAGGAAAGAGCUCCUAUCACACGAUCCAGAUUUUCGAAUUAUUAGUUCUAUCGAGGGAGUGAUAUAGUUAUGAUAAUAACAAGAGUUCAAGGAGCUGAUCUGUAUACUCCCCAUUUAAUUGUGUAGACGAUAGAAGGAAGAUCACACAGAUUUGGUAGAGAGCCGGCAAUGUGAUUGGCGUUAUGUUGUGUAGACUGUGAAUGAGUAAGGCACUUAGAGUUAGUUAGUGAAUGUUGAGAUUUCUGGCAUUUAUAUGAUAAUAGAUGUUGAAUACUUGGAGUGCGGAUAAGUAUCUGAUAUUUUUACUAUA